AUGAAUCCUUCUCUCGGAAACUUCAUUCUUAAGCUCUCUCCCAGAGACAUCUUCAACCCCAAGCCCACUAUGAACACUGCGAUUCCCCUGAACACUGGCGCCACGAUCCCCGCACUGGGACUGGGAACAUGGCAGUCUGCGCCAGGCGAAGUCAAGAAGGCGGUUAUCCACGCGAUUGAGGGCGGCUACAGACACAUUGACUGCGCAUACUGCUACCAGAAUGAGGACGAGGUGGGCGAGGCGCUGCAGGACGUCAUCUCGCGGGGCAUCGUCAAGCGUGGAGACCUCUUCAUCACAAGCAAGCUGUGGUGUACUUUCCAUACGCGUGCUGAGGAGGGCCUGCAGAAGAGCUUGGAUCUGUUGAAGACUCCUUACGUAGACCUGUACCUCAUGCACUGGCCUGUACCUAUGAAUCCUAAGGGUAACCACCCCCUCUUCCCCAAACUCGAAGACGGCUCCCGCGACAUCGACCACAGCAUCACUCACAUCGAUACAUGGAAGAACCUCGAAUCUCUAAUCAAGUCCCGUCCCGACAAAGUCAAAGCCAUCGGCGUUGCAAAUUACUCUGUCAAGUACCUCGAGAAGCUGCUCGCUCAGUCCACCAUUACGCCCGCGGCGAAUCAGAUCGAGAACCACCCGUUGCUGCCCCAGCAGGAAGUCGUGGACUUCUGCAAGGAGAAGGGGAUUCACAUCACCGCAUACAGCCCGCUCGGAUCCACUGGCUCGCCGCUAUUCAAAGAUGAGGGUGUCCUGGAGGUCGCGAAGAAGCACAACGUCGGCCCUGGAACGGUGCUGCUUAGCUACCACCUGGCGCGCGGCUCGUCGGUCCUGGCAAAAUCUGUCACGCCCAGCCGUAUUGAUGAGAACCGCAACCUCAUCCAGUUGAGUGCGUCGGAUUUGGAUGCUCUCGAGGCGGUUCACAAGAAGAACGGCGUGCAGCGCUUUGUGUAUCCGCCGUUUGGCGUCAAUGCUGGGUUCCCGGAUAAGCCUGAUGGCAUUGAUCUCAGUGGUUGA